UGUCCAGGUGUGAGUUACACAUCGUCGUCAGUUGCGUACGCGUGUCAAGUGUCGAAAGUUACAAAAAUCACAGAACGUUAGUUAAUUACGCUGUGUUCAAACUUAAAAGCAGAGACUGAUCUUGCGAUCUAACAAAAGUGUUGUGCUAUAAAAAACAGUUACGUGUCUAACAACAACUACUACUAUACUAAAUAUAAAUACAAGAUGAAUCAAACGUGCAAAGUUUGCGGCGAGCCAGCAGCGGGUUUUCAUUUCGGCGCCUUUACCUGCGAGGGCUGCAAGUCUUUCUUUGGCCGCUCCUAUAACAACAUUAGCACCAUUAGUGAGUGCAAAAACGACGGCAAGUGCAUCAUUGAUAAGAAGAAUCGCACCACCUGCAAGGCUUGCCGCCUGCGCAAAUGCUACAAUGUGGGCAUGUCCAAGGGCGGUUCGCGCUACGGUCGUCGCUCCAACUGGUUCAAGAUUCAUUGUUUGCUGCAGGAGCAUGAGCAAGCGGCGGCUGCUGCUGCUGGCAAAGCGCCAGCUCAGCCGUUGAGUCCUGCGGGUUUUGGUGACUUGGCUGCGCAUCUGCAGCAGCAGCAGCAACAGCAACAGCAGCAGCAGCAGCAGCAACAACAGCAGCAACAGCAGCAACAGCAGCGCCACGCACAUUUGCCACCGCUGCUUGGUUAUCCGGGUUAUCAUUUGUCGGAGCAUUUUGGCGCUCGCCAUCCAGCGGAUGCUGCAGCUGCUGCCGCCGCUCUGCCCUUCUUCAGCAUGAUGACUGCACCACAAACUCCGUUCCAGCUGCCGCCGCAUUUGCUCUUUCCGGGCUAUCAUGCCAGCGCCGCUGCUGCCGCCGCUGCCGACGCCGCUUAUCGCCAGGAAAUGUACAAGCAUCGCCAGAGCGUAGACUCCGCUGCCUCUGCCGAGUCGCUGCAGCGCUAUACGCCCCAGCAGCAGCAGCAGCCACCAGUUGUGCCACAACCUGCUGCAUCGCCCAUUGAUGUUUGCCUAAGCGCCGAGGACGAUCUGCAGUCACAGCAUAGUCACAGUCACAGUCACAGUCACAGUCCGCAUCACAUACACACGCCCGUUGCCAUACGUGCCACGCCCACAGCGCAGCUGCUGCCCACAGUCGCUGCUGCUCUGCCCGCCUCUCCUGCUGCGCCCAGCAGCCCGCUCAGCUUUGCCGCCAAGAUGCAGUCGCUUUCACCCGUUUCCGUGUGCUCCAUUGGCGCCGAAACAGUCACGCCCAACGCUGCAGCAGGCCACGCCAGCCAGGAUGGCCCCAUGGACUUGAGCAUGAAGACCUCACGCAGCUCCGUGCACAGCUUCAAUGACAGCGACGCCUGCAGCUUGGAGCAGGAUGAGCAUGAGUCGUCAGCAGCGCCGCGUCGCAAGUUCUGCCAGCUCGAAGCCGAAUGCGCCAGCAGCGUUAGCAGCAUCAGCUCCAUGGCAUCCUCCAAGCGCCAGAAGCUCGAGUCGCCGUCACCCACAUUCGGUGGCUUUGCGGUGGCUCAUGGCGCCGCCAGCACCAUGCGCGGCAUCUUUGUGUGCGUCUAGUGGGUGGAGCUUACACACACACACACACACACACGCACACGCACACAAUUGUUGUUUAUUUUUUUACGUUUGUUUAGUGU